CACCUGUGCCCAGCAGUGCACCCACCUGUGCCCAGCAGUUCGCCCACUAGCUCCGCCCACCUGUGCCCAGCAGUGCACCCACCUGUGCCACCCAGCAGUGUAACACACCUGUGCCCAGAAGUGCCACCUACCUGUGCCCAGCUGUGCCACCCACCUGUGCCCACCAGUGCCACCCACCUGUGCCCAUCAGUGCAGCCCAGCAGUGCUGCCAGUCAGUGCCACCAGUCAUCAGUGCCACCUAUCAGUGCUGUCUAUCAGUACCCAUCAUCAGUGUUGCCUAUCAGUGCCGCCUAUCCUUGACACCUCAUUAGUGCUGCCUAUCAGUGCCGCCUAUCCGUGA